AUGCUGGCUGACAAGAAGCACCUCAGCAGGGCCAUUGCUGGGGCACUGGUGGCACUCUCCAUCACUGCCCUUGUUCUCAGCCUGGUGAGGGUUGAAGAUGUCCCCCUGCCACCCACAGUCAAGUAUGGGAUGGUGUUCGAUGCGGGCUCGUCCCACACCUCCCUCUUUGUCUACCAGUGGGAUGCAGACAAGGAGAACAGCACUGGUGUGGUCAGCCAGACCUUGGCCUGUGAUGUCCAGGGGCAGGGCAUCUCCAGCUACGCCAGCGACCCCCCCAGAGCAGGGGAUUCCCUGAGGGAGUGCCUGGAGCAAGGCCUGGAGGCUGUUCCUGCUGCAGAGCAGAGGAAUGUCCCUGCUUACCUGGGAGCAACGGCAGGCAUGAGGCUGCUGAGGGAGCAGAACAGCUCAGCAGCUGAUCAAGUCCUGGCUGAAGUCACCAAAACCAUGCGAGAGUACCCAGUGGCUUUCAAAGGGGCUCAGAUCCUGACGGGAGAGGAGGAAGCAGCUUAUGGCUGGAUCACCACCAACUACCUGCUGGACUCCUUCACCAAGUACUCCCCCCGGGCCCACGCCUGGCUUCGUCCAGAGGCAGCCAACCUCCUGGGGGCGCUGGACCUCGGAGGAGCAUCCACACAGAUCAGCUUCGUGCCCGCAGGUCCAGGGCUGAAGCGGAAUGGAUCCUCCAGGCUCACCCUGUAUGGGUUCAGCUACAGCAUCUACACCCACAGCUACCUCUGCUAUGGGCAGAACGAGGUGCUGAGGAGAUUGGCAAAGCAGUUAAUUGAGGAGUCACCCUCCAGCAGCCGAGUCGCUCACCCCUGCUACCCCGAGGGCUACCACGAAACCAUCUCGCUGGCGUCCUUCCGCGCCAGCCCCUGCACGGAGCGCCCGGCCCUGCCCGACGCCGAGGUCACCCUGGAGGGCAGGGGGGACGCCCGCGGCUGCCUGGCCGCCCUCAGGAAGCUCUUCAACUUCUCGGCCUGCGGCCAGAGCCGGGACUGCACCUUCGAUGGUGUCUACCAGCCCCCGGUCCGGGGCCAGUUCAUCGCCUUCUCUGCCUUCUACUACAACUUCAAGUUUCUCAACCUGACGGAGGGGCAGCCGCUGGCCGCUGCCAGGGACACCAUCCAGCGCUUCUGCAGCAGGAGCUGGGGAGAUCUGUCUGCCAGCUACCCUCAAGAGAAUCCUGCAAGGCUGCCCAAGUACUGUGCCAGUGCCAACUACAUCCUCACCCUGCUCCUGGAUGCCUACAAGUUCAACGAGAGCAGCUGGAAGAGCAUCUCCUUCCAGAUGAAGGCAGGGAGUGCUGACGUCGGCUGGACGCUGGGCUACAUGCUGAACCUCACCAACCUGCUCCCAGCAGAGGCCCCAGCAUGGGCAAAGGGGCAGGCUCCUGCCCUGUGGGCUGCAGCUGUGGCCUUCAUCGUCCUCACCCUGGCCCUGGGGCUUGCUGCCCUGCUGCUGUCCUGGCUGUAG